AUGAGAACUUGCAGUUUUGAAGGUCAAAGCAACAAGCGCCUUGAAGAGAUAGAAAGCCAUGCCAGGACUGCCAAGGCAGAGGAUGCCGCACGGUCCGGCGCUUUCCUUGCCGCACGGUCCGGUGGAGUCAUUUUGGCAUUCGGACGAGAAGACUCGAUCUUCAUGCAUCCAGUGAUGGCGGCCGUAGAGGCGCCAAAGGUCAUCGUCAACAAGCCUCAUCUUUUUUGCAUCAAGUGGCGGGGAAUUCGAUCGAUGUUGGUGCAAAGACUGCGAUCAAGAAAGAAGGCAGCUGCGGCAGGUGGAUAG